CCCCGGCUGCUAGUGCUGCGUGAGUGAGUGUGUGCACCAGAGCUAGCCUCGGCACACAUUAUAUAAAAAAUUAAAAAACAAAAAAAAAUUUAAAAACCAUAAAAACCCAAAAAAUCCUUUUUCUUUUUUGUAUAAAAAUCGGUGAAGUAGGUAUAGCUAGACGUGGACUUAACGGUGAAGCAAAGGGGAACAUAUUUUUAAUUCGACGUGUAUAAGCCAUCGAGUUGGCAGCAGUUGAAGAGGAAAGGCCUGUGUGGAUUCGCAGUGGUUCGAUCACCUUGCAAGUGUAACUAUCGGUAGCACAUUUUGGCUACACAACGUGUGUUAGCAAUAUUAGCUAGCUGGCUAAUCCUGCACCGUGUCAAACUUGACCGCGCGAGAAAAAAUAUUAACGUCAGGAUCCCUUAACUUAGCUAGCCAACUUAAAAAGGUAACCUUGUAACUAAUAUUACAUUUGGCGUCGUUUGGUAUAUACGGUUGUAAUUGUAGCUAAUAACAGGCUAUUUAUGUUUUAAAAUAUCUUCAAGAUUGCGUGUAAAACAAGCUCGCUAACGUUACCUAACCACGCAUUUUAAAGUCGGGUAGGACAACCUAGCUAGUUUACAAACGUUUUGGCUAACGUUGGCUAGUUCAGAUUUGAGGUUACCUUGCUAACGGGGAUAGCUAUAGCUACCGCAAAUUGGCAUUUUUUGAAUUCUGCUGGUUAACUAGCGAGCUGUCUAAAUUCAACCAAGUUUCUGCCCCCCGUUGUAUUACCAAACGCGUACACGAAGAUGAACCCCAGUGCUCCCAGUUACCCGAUGGCCUCCUUGUAUGUCGGCGACCUCCACCAGGAUGUGACUGAAGCAAUGCUCUAUGAGAAAUUUAGCCCCGCCGGGGCCAUCCUCUCCAUCCGUGUGUGCAGGGAUAUGAUCACUCGCCGUUCACUCGGAUAUGCCUACGUCAACUUUCAACAGCCAGCCGAUGCCGAGCGGGCUCUGGACACCAUGAAUUUCGACGUGAUCAAGGGCCGUCCCGUGCGCAUCAUGUGGUCCCAGCGCGACCCGUCCCUGAGGAAGAGCGGCGUUGGCAACAUCUUCAUUAAGAACCUGGACAAGUCCAUCGACAACAAGGCCCUCUACGACACCUUCUCUGCAUUCGGCAACAUCCUGUCCUGCAAGGUGGUUUGUGAUGAGAAUGGCUCUAAAGGCUACGGCUUUGUGCACUUUGAGACCCAGGAGGCGGCUGAAAGGGCCAUUGAGAAAAUGAACGGCAUGUUGCUCAAUGACAGAAAAGUGUUUGUGGGGCGCUUCAAGUCUCGCAAAGAACGCGAGGCUGAGCUCGGAGCCCGAGCCAAGGAGUUCACCAACGUGUACAUCAAGAACUUUGGGGAGGACAUGGACGACGAGAAGCUCAAGGAGGUGUUCAGUAAAUACGGAACGGCCAUGAGCAUCCGCGUCAUGACCGACGACACCGGCAAGUCCCGAGGGUUCGGCUUCGUCAGCUUCGAGAGGCACGAGGACGCGCAGAAGGCGGUGGACGAGAUGAACGGGAAGGAGCUGAACGGGAAGAUGAUCUACGUGGGCCGCGCGCAGAAGAAGGUGGAGAGGCAGACGGAGCUGAAGCGCAAGUUUGAGCAGAUGAAGCAGGACCGCAUGACCCGCUACCAGGGUGUCAAUCUUUAUGUGAAAAACCUUGACGAUGGGAUCGAUGACGAGCGCUUGCGGAAGGAGUUCUCCCCGUUCGGCACCAUCACCAGCGCCAAGGUGAUGAUGGAGGGAGGCCGCAGCAAGGGCUUCGGCUUCGUCUGCUUCUCGUCGCCGGAGGAGGCCACCAAGGCGGUGACGGAGAUGAACGGGCGCAUCGUGGCCACCAAGCCACUGUACGUGGCCCUGGCCCAGCGCAAGGAGGAGCGGCAGGCCCACCUCACCAACCAGUACAUGCAGCGGAUGGCCAGCGUGCGCGCCGUGCCCAACCCCGUCAUCAACCCCUACCAGCCCGCCCCGCCCUCCGGAUACUUCAUGGCUGCCAUUCCACAGGCCCAGAACAGAGCUGCCUACUACCCAACCAGCCAGCUGGCCCAGCUCCGGCCGAGCCCCCGCUGGGCGACCCAGGGCGUGAGACCACAGCAUUUCCAGAACAUGCCCGGGACCAUGCGGCCGUCGGCCCCCCGGCCCCAGACCUUCAGCACCAUGCGCCCCACCUCCCAGGUGCCCCGCAUGAUGUCCACCCAGCGCGUGGCAGCAGCUCAGACCCUGGGGCCCCGGCCCUCGGCGGCGGCUGCGGCGGCGGCGGCUCCCGUGCGCGGCGUGCCUCAGUACAAGUACGCCGCCGGCGUGCGUAACCCCCAGCAGCACAUGGCCUCGCAGCCUCAGGUGGCCAUGCAGCAGCCCGCCGUCCACGUGCAGGGCCAGGAGCCGCUGACCGCCUCCAUGCUGGCUGCCGCCCCUCCACAGGAGCAGAAACAGAUGCUGGGCGAGCGCCUGUUCCCGCUCAUCCAGAACAUGCACCCCAGCCUGGCCGGGAAGAUCACCGGCAUGCUGCUGGAGAUCGACAACUCAGAACUGCUGCACAUGCUGGAGUCUCCCGAGUCGCUGCGCUCCAAGGUGGAUGAGGCAGUUGCUGUGCUGCAGGCUCACCAGGCCAAGGAGGCCGCUCAGAAAACCGUCACGAACUCAACUGGUGUGCCAAGUGUCUAAGCCAAGGUGUGGGGAACCUUGAAACUAGCUUCACCGAGGAAAAAAAAUUAAACAUUGAAAAAAGUGAAAACACACAAAACAUUGAAAAAGAAAUAAAACCAUUUUGAAAAAAAGGAAAGGAAACGUGAAUCAGCCAGGUCUAGAAUGAACCGCUAGGCCUCGAUACAAUAAAAUAAAAAAUUAGCAAAAAAAAAAGGAAAAAUAAAAAAAUGUAAAAUCUGGGGUUUGAAAAAUUAUUCCACAAAAUGGGAGAUAAAGCAUUCCUUUCUUACUUUUUAUUCCUUUUACUGUGUGAAUGUUCGGAAUAUCACUCUUAUUUGGCCAUGAGAGCAGAUAGCUGGACAUUGUGAUAUGUAACUUGGAUUGAAAUUUGCUUGCUUUAAUAAAACUUUAAACAUUGA